UUCUGUACGGAGUAGGUAGUAGGUAGGAUUCAUUCUCUUUUCUUGUCGCAUGAAGUUUCUUAAAACUUUUUUUUUCUGCUUUAUUCUUUUUCAUUCUAUUUGAUUUGAUUUUCGUCUUUUCUUCGUCUUUUCUUCAUCUCUAUCUCUCAUUUUGUGCCAAGCACAAGUUCAAUUAUUGGGGUCGAUCUCUUGAUACAUUUGUGCAGGGCAUUGAUUGCUUCAUUUUUUGAUUGUUUCUUUUUUUGGUUCCUUCAUUGCAAUAGGCCAACCAGCCAGUCUACUAUCACAAAUUUAGACGCCGGUCGUCCUUUUCACCAAGACAGCUCGCUCUUUUUUCCUGCAUCUACAUUUAAUUAAAUAUCAAUUCCGAUCUUAAGUUGAUAUAGCUGGUACUAUUCAACAAAACAAAAAUGGCCGACAAGAUCCUUUGGACAUACAUUAUCCUAGAUUUACUCUUUGUAGGUUCUGGCGCACUAUUACUUGGAUUUGCCUUGAACACGAAGGCGGGUACUUCACAAGCACUGAGUAUUGCGAGUGUUGGGACGAAUCUUCUAUUGGAAGCUACUCCUUUGAAUGGUUAGUCUAAUACCUCAUAUCCCACAUCCUUUCUUGUCGAUGUAUGUGCAAUGAGCUGACCUAACUUACCCAUCAAAAGCCGCCAUUGGCAAUGCAGUCUUGAUCUUCAUUUCCUUCCUCCUCUCCAUUCCCGCCAUGACCCUCAGCACCACCCGAGGCUGGCUCAAACUCCACGGCUACAUGGUCGUCGUCUGCGCUAUCUUCACCCUGGUCAUAGGUCUCGAUAUUUGGUUUGGUACUCUUCAAUCCAAGGAAUCUCUUCUCGAUACAUGGAAUGCACAAGGCCCCACCACGCAGAGUUUAUUGCAGGAAGAAUUCGGUUGCUGUGGUUAUUUCAAUAGUACGAGCGCUCCUGCUUUCGUCAUAGAUUCUACUUGUCCGAAUGCUAUUAUUGCGGCUACGAUGCCGGGAUGUAGUGGCGCUUUUGUUAAGUUCGAUGGUUUGUUUUUGGAUGUUAUUUUUACGGCGGCUUUUGGUAUUGUUGGUAUGUUUUUCCUUUUCUUUCUUUUUUUCAGAGGUUUGCUUUGAGGUACUUUGUAUGGUCUAGAGUUCAGAGGCUAGGGCUAUAAGCGGAGAAUGAAUGGAAGAGCCGAAUAGAAAACUAGUUCACUGGAAAACUAGAAAUAAAAGCUAACGAAAAUAAUGCAUAGGUCUCGAUGUAGCAGUUAUCUUCGGUAUUGCCAUGCUUAACAAAGAUCGUAAGGAGAGGGAACGAUAUAGGUUUAUUGAUGAGAAGAAUGGGAUGGGAUCCUUUUAGGUGUGAUUCAAGGCUGGAUAAAUGGACGGGGUGAUUGGACUUAAAAUGGGUGGAUAGGUUAUGAGAUGGAUUGGCGGAAUAGGGGAGAGCUGCAGAGGAACGUUGAGAAGAGUGGAGUGAGGUAAGGGGGAGUGGAAGUAUAUGAAGUAUGGAGGAGAUUGUGGUGUAAGAAGUGGCGUAAAGUGGCGUGGUGAUACUUUCUUUUACGAUGAUAUGCUUUGCUUUCACAAUGAUGAGAAAGAGAGAUGGGCAAAGUGAAUUUAAUUUAAAUAUGGAAUGGAAUGAAAUGAAAUGAAGUCCCUUGUUCGAGGAGAUUGUCAUCUCUCAUGCAUAAGAUUAUUAUCUACAUAUAUCUCAUAUUAUUUCUGAUACCACUCAAUUUCUGUAACUCGUGGGUUCGCUAGUUGAAUUUGAAUUUGAAUUUGAAUUUGAAUUUGAAUUGAUUUAGUUUUUGAAUUUAGAUUUGAUUCGACUUUUUGAGAGAAUAUAAUUAAUUGAUUUUAAUUUACUUUAUUAAAAAAAACUAAUUAAUAAUUUUAUUAAAUUCUAUAUUAUAUAAU